AUGGAUUGUCACGGAGUCCAGGAUCAUCUCGACCCGAUAACGCUCCCUCCUCGUGUGUGGAAGCCGAGCUAUGUCUGGCCUGUUGACAAUGAGGGAGUCCUUCGUGUCGUGGAAGGUCACCAGAACCCGGAGAUUGCUGAGCACCGCCGUCACUGGCAAUGGCUGAAAGCCAUGGGCCAGGAAACCGGUCCAGAGGUAUCGCAUUUUGUCUCGGCUGUCUCGCUGGACAAUUUCAGGAUCCCUGAGUAUGACCGCUAUCCUACCCUUCAACAGUAUCAGGGUAUGUCUCCUAUCCACGAAGAGUUCUUGGACUUGAUCCCGGAGCAGCUGAACGUGACCGGCCAUGCUUCUCCCGAGCUCCCACCGCUGGUGGUUCAUUCCGACAGUGAGUACUCGACCGACGAUGACUCCGAGGGCCUCAAGAAAAGCCUCAAGACUAGCAACUCGCCCACUACUCCCAUUAUUCGUCCGGAUGUUGACUUUCACUUCGAUUUCAUCGCCCCUCCUGGGGUCGACGACGCGCUCCUCAUGCCCCUUGCCCCGGUCUAUAUCAACCCACCCAACACGCCCAGGACUCUCGUCGCCCCCGUCGAUGUCAAGUCGCUCAUCGAGCCUAUCGCUCCCGUCUAUGUCAACCCACCCAACACGCCCAUCACUGCGCUUCGUGUCAACGAUAGCGAUGGCCCCAUGAUGCUGGUCAUGAAAGAGAACGUUGACACGACCAUUGUCGACACGAUCAUUGAAGCUGCUUCCCUCUCGCGAUCCCAGAAGAGCAAGCACAUCGACGGAUGGCUAGGAAGCGAGCAGAGUUCCAAGGGUCCUGUGGCGGCCUUUCGGCGAUCGACCAUAUUUCUCAAGGGACUGGGAAAGAAAUUCCUGAAGCAGGAGUUUUCGGACCAGACUUUUAUCGAGGAGGUCGCAAAGAAGAAGCAGAUGGUGGAUGGCAAGGACAGCCCGCCUCCUCUGCCACCCAAGGACCGUCCCGUCACGCCUCCCAAGCCCUCUCCAGUUUCUCUGGGACCCGGAGACCAGGCGCUGCUCUACUCCAGACUGGAGUUUAUGAUCUGCGAGACCGCCAACGCCUUCUUGAUUCAGCAAUACUGCGAUGGCCGCAUCGACCAGCACACCAUCAAUCGGGUAAUCUAUGGCUGGGCUGCUAAAAAUCUGCCUCGGGUCCCCGAGUUCCGUUUCGAUCAGGCCACCCAGCGUGAUCUCAUCAACGCUAAUCGUCGCACCAUGGAGUUCACCGGUCUCAGCUCUACCAACCCAGUGCAGCUGGUUGCGAACCUCCGGAGCUGGAAGUCCAUUAUCCAGGAUAUGAACCACCGCACCUUCUGCCUUCGCGACAGUGCCAUCCGCAAACAGCUGUACGAGAUCGGUCAGAUCCUCAACAUGCUGAAUGCUCCCAGUGCAACUCUACAGGCUUUCGAUGAGUUGCAUGCCGGCGUCCUUCGGUUCAUGAUCAACACCCCCGGUUCUCCUUCCUCCUCGCUCAGCUCCUGA